GACCUGAUGCCCGAGGACGAUCAGAGAGCUACCCGCAACCUCUUCAUCGGCAACCUGGACCACAACGUCUCGGAGGUGGAGCUGAGACGUGCCUUUGAGAAGUACGGCAUCAUCGAAGAAGUGGUAAUCAAGCGCCCUGCCCGGGGCCAAGGCGGGGCUUAUGCUUUCCUCAAGUUCCAAAACUUGGACAUGGCGCAUCGGGCCAAGGUUGCCAUGUCGGGCCGUGUUGUCGGCAGGAACCCUAUCAAAAUUGGCUACGGGAAAGCCAACCCGACCACCAGGCUGUGGGUGGGUGGUCUUGGUCCAAGUACUUCCCUGGCUGCCCUGGCCAGGGAGUUCGACCGCUUUGGCAGCAUCAGGACUAUUGACUACGUGAAGGGAGACAGCUUCGCUUACAUCCAGUACGAAAGCUUGGAUGCUGCUCAGGCUGCCUGCGCGCAGAUGAGGGGCUUUCCUCUGGGCGGACCGGAGCGGAGACUCCGUGUGGAUUUUGCCAAAGCAGAAGAGACGAGAUACCCGCAGCAGUACCAGCCUGCACCGCUUCCCGUGCACUACGAACUGCUCGCUGAUGGGUACAGCAGACACAGAAGCCUGGAGCAAGAUCUGAGAGUGCGAGAUAGGACUCCUCCACACCUCCUGUACUCGGACAGAGACAGGAGCUUUGCAGAGGCAGACUGGGCCAGCCCUGCCAAAAAUGCUGAACGCAGAAACAACUUGGAAAGCUACAGCCGAUCAGUGCGUAGCCGGAGCGGAGAGCGCUGGGGCAGCGACAGCGAUCGCAGCGUGCCCAAACCGUGGGAAGAGAGGCGGAAACGCCGGAGUCUUUCGAGUGACCGCGGGAGGACUACUCACUCGCCUUACGAGGACAGAAGCAGGACAAAGGCCAGUGGGCCAGCUUUAGACCGCAGCCCAGACCGGGCUCGCAAGGAGAAUCACACUACAGAAUCUGGAGCCGAGAAAGAGCAGAGCAACUCCCUUCAGAACAAUCGUCAUGCGACUGAGGAGAAACCCCAUCGUGAGACAUCUGAUGCUCCCCAGCCUAAAAAAAGGGACAGCGAACGCAAUCAUCGAACUGGUGAAUCGGAAUCAAAAACUCACGAGGAGCCAAAAUCUGAGACCAAAAAGCUAAAGAAUUUAUCGGAAUACGCUCAGACACUGCAGCUCGCUUGGAACGGGCUUCUUGUGCUAAAAAACAGCUGCUUCCCCACCUCUAUGCACAUCCUGGAGGGAGACCUUGGCGUCAUCAAUGGACUCCUUAAAGACCAUUCAUCCGGCGGGAAGCUAACGCAGCUCAAAAUCGCUCAGAGACUUCGUUUGGAUGAAGUAACCCGCCGCAUCAAACAAGGCAGCCCCAAUGGCUAUGCUGUGCUCCUGGCGACCCAGUCCGCCCCGGCAGGGGCUGAGGGGACCUUCCCUGUUGUAGAGCCUGGCUUGCAGCGACGGCUUCUCAGGAAUCUGGUCUCCUACUUGAAACAGAAACAGGCUGCUGGGGUUAUCAGCCUGCCCGUGGGAGGGGCGAAGGGCAGAGACAGCACAGGCAUGCUUUAUGCGUUCCCUCCUUGUGAAUUCUCUCAGCAGUACCUCCAGUCAGCACUAAGGACAUUGGGAAAGUUAGAAGAAGAACAUAUGGUGAUAGUUAUAGUCAAAGACACUGCCUAGCCCACACUGUCUUUUCAAAUUCCAUGUUUUCUUUGUGUGUCACACAACCCAGUUGUUUUUAAGGCUGAUCAUUUUGGUGGAGGCUCAAAACACCUCAACCAAAGUGGUAAGAUUUUUAGUUCCCAAUUAAUUUUAAUACCAUUUAAAUAGAGCCCAUUUUAUUCGUUUUUAAUAUGUGACACUGUCCGCUGUUGUUCUGUAUUUUUAUUUUUUAAUUGUAUGAAAAGUUGUCAGUAAAGCCUUGUUCACUGAUGGAUUUCUAAA